AUGCCCGUCUCUAACGACCUCCAGAGAGUCGCUGGUCGCCGGGCAACUUUCGAUGUCGCGCACCAGUCGAGUUCUGGUGAAGACUUGACCUGGUCAUACGCUUCUCCCUCACCAGAUGAGCUUGCCCAUGCCGGAUUUUAUUACACUCCAACCGCGCUUAGCCCGGACAACACAACCUGCUUUCUUUGCGAACGAUCUCUUGAUGGAUGGGAAGAGGGAGAUGAUCCUUUUACAGAACACUUACACUUCUCCCCCGAAUGCGGAUGGGCCAUUAUGAUGGCUAUUACGCGGAAGACCUCAGACCCUUCGCAGAUUGAGGACCCGACCAGCUCAAAAAUUGCUGAUGCUCGAAGGGCUACCUUCUUCUCGUGGCCACAUGAUGGGAAGCGAGGGUGGCUUUGCAAGACGGAGAAGAUGGUGGAAGCAGGUUGGUAUUUCUGCCCGAAUGAAGAAAGUGACGAUUUGGUCAGCUGCCCGUACUGCAAGCUCUCUCUGGAUGGAUGGGAGCCAAAGGACCACCCAUUUGACGAACAUUAUCGUCGCUCUUCCGACUGUUCUUUCUUCGAAUUUGCAAAGCAACCAAAGAAGUCUAGCAAAUCAACACGUGCAAAGACAGUGCGCGGCUCAAAGGCUUCACGACUCUCUACACAAUCGAAUGCUACGACCGUUUCAGAGGCAGCGUCAAUUGAUUUCGACGAUACCAUGGACCAAAGCAUCAUGUCCCAGGGGGGAACCCGUGCUUCUAAGGCUUCGAAGAAGACAACCAAGUCAAAGGCGAGAAACACGAAGGCGAGGACGGAAGAGGACGCAGAUAUUUCUAGUCUGCGGGAGAACAUUGACUAUUCGGGUAAAGAAACAUCCGCUUUACUUGAAAGCCCUUCGAGGGGCACAAAAAGAAAGAGCGCGGCAAUCAGCGGGUUAGAAGGGAAUAACCUAGACGAUAACCAGCCAGAGCCAGAGCCAAAGACCAAGAAGAAACGCGUCACAUCAACACGGACAAAGAGGGCAAGGAGUACAACAAGUUCUGUGAUCGAUUAUGCAGAGCCUACGGAUGAUGAAUUAGGCUUGGAGGUUGCGUCAAAACCGAAGAGAGGCCGUAAGAAAGGGAGCACUAGCAAGACACGUAAGUCAUCUAUUGCAUCCAAUGCCCCGGCUGCCCCGUCAAAGUCUCAGAUACCCAAUGAUGAGGAGCUUGAUGCGCAGCUGGAGGCCGACCUUGACAAAGAGCUUCCAAUGGAGGAUAUGGCCAGCAACACAGCCAAAAAAGCCCCUAGCCAACGGCGUCAAAAAUCUAGCCUGAAAGAUGAAGGUUUGGAUGAACCACCUAAGCAGGAACAGCAAAAGAAAAAUACAACAAAAACUACAAGGAAGAAGCAAACAUCUACUUCAUCCGUGGACAAAUUUCCCACGAGUAAACUUGAUCAGCCCCCACAACUGCACUCGGAAGCGGAUGUGGACAUGGACGAGCCGGUUGUAUCUAUACCAACCCAGACCCAAGAAGAUAUCAAAGCACCUAGCGAGGAACUGACUUCGCCGCCCAAGAAGGUCAAGCAAAGCAAGAAGACGAAAACUAUGUCAAACGCUGCGAAAUCACGAAAGAAAAGCGCAGACAGCGAUAGUGUCAAUGACAUCGACACUCUCGGUGCUACUGAGCAAAGCGAAAAUGUGGCAUCAAAUAGGGAGGAACCACCAAUGCCUCGGUUGUCUAAGAGCCGGAGAAGAGCCGGGGCCCCAGCAGCCCAACAGCUAGAAACCGAGUCACUGCCUCAAAAGAAGCGUGGUUCAAGCAGACAGGUGCCUGGUAAUGAACCUGAUGGUCGUCGACCCUCUAAACAAGUACAGCAAGUCCAAGAAACUCCCUCUGAAAUGAGGCCAUCAGCACACCAAUCGCCCCAUGAAAAUACCCCGUCCCCAUCUCCUCAAGCUUCAGACGCAGAAAACCGACCACCUUCGAGUAAGCCAUCGACCAUGUCCAAAACAAAGCCCGAUGCAGCAUCUCACGUCAGGGAACUUUUAGCCACAAAGGCUCUUAUUAUAUCUCCGUCGAAGGGGGAGCUGAGCUCAAGGCAGCUUACCACCGCUGAACCUUGGGAUCCCAUUGACCCGGAUGAAGCACUCCUCCCUGACCCGACAGAAAAGGAGAAUGUGUCUCUAACAGAAAUUUUGCACGCGGCAAAGGACGGGAUUACCAGCCCUGAGAAGCGAAUGAAUAUUGAGGAGUGGGUAUUCUGGAACGCAGAAAAGGGCGAGGAGAAAUUGCGCAAUGAAUGCGAGAGAGUCGUUGGUAUUUUUGAAAGGGAAGGCGGACGUGCAAUGCAGGCGCUAAACGGGAUCGAAUGCAUAGAUUAA